AUGCCACCCAAAGGCAAGAAGGGCCAGUCGGCUGACAAAGCCAGACCUGGCGAGGAGGAGCGCGAGGAUCCGCUGCAGGCGGUGAUACUCGCCGACCCAUUCGAAACGCGCUUCAGCCCGUUCACGCUCGAGCGCCCACGCUGCCUCCUACCCCUCGCGAAUACCCCGCUCAUCGAAUACACCUUCGAGUUCCUCGCAAAUGCCGGUGUUGAAGAGGUCUUUGUAUACUGCGGCGCCCACAGAGACCUCGUUGAGGAUUACGUGAAGAAGUCGAAAUGGUCGUCACGGUCCUCGCCCUUCUCCAAACUGGAGCUUAUCCAGUCGUCCUCCCACUCCAUCGGCGAUGCGAUGCGCGACUUGGACACACGCGGUCUGCUAGUGGGCGAUUUCCUCAUGGUAUACGGAGAUGUGGUCAGCAACCUGCCGCUAGAGACGGCCCUCGCUGCGCACAGAGCGAGACGCGCGAAGGAUAAGAACGCGAUUAUGACCAUGGUGCUACGGGAGGCUGGAACCAUACACAGGACAAAAGCGCAAGGAACGAGCCCGGUAUUCGUCCUGGAUCCCACCAAUGAUAGAUGCCUCCACUUCGAGCAGAUGCCGAACAAAGAUCAGACACAUUUCCUCUCUAUUGAUCCUGAGCUCCUCUCAGACCACCAGGAAAUCGACAUCCGGCAGGACCUUAUCGACUGUGGCAUUGACAUUUGCACACCGGACGUGCUCGCACUUUGGAGCGAUAAUUUCGACUUCCAAGCGCCGAGGAAGGGUUUCCUGCAUAGCGUACUGAAGGACUACGAGUUGAACGGCAAGACGUUCCACACGCACAUCGUUUCGGACCACUAUGCUGCACGAGUUAGAAAUUUGCACGCAUACGACUCUGUGAGCAGAGACAUAGUGUCGCGAUGGGCAUACCCGCUAUGUCCUGACAGCAACCUCGUGCAGGGCCAGUCAUACCGGUUACAAAAGGGAAACAUCUACAAAGAGGAGGGCGUUAUAUUAGCACGUGAUUGCGUAAUCCUUCCGAAGACAGUCAUUGGGCGUGGCACCAGCAUCGGAGAUGGCAGCGUAAUCAAGAACAGCAUCAUAGGGAGACAUUGCAUCAUUGGCAAAGGCGUGAACGUUGACGGUGCUUAUCUAUGGGAUUACGCAAGCAUUGGGGAUGGCUCAACUAUCAAGAAAUGCAUUAUCGCGGAUGAAGCUUCGAUAGGAAGGAGGUGCACCAUCGAUUCUGGAGCUCUCAUCUCGUAUGGAGUGACCAUUGGCGAGGGUACUACGAUUCGGGGUGAACACAGAAUUACCAAAGCAAGUAGGAGACGGGAUUUAGACGAACCGACUUUUGAUAAGAGCACGGAUGCGACUAUUGUUGGCGCGGGUGGCGUUGGAUUUGAAUUUCAAGACUCGGAUGAGGAAGACGAAGAUGAGAUUGUAGACGGACUCAUCGCUGCUAAUUCUAUGUACAACCUCGCAAACCUAUCCCUUGAGUCGAUAUCUACGCUCAACUCGGAGUCCGAAGACGACGUCGACUUUGAGAUCCGACACGACCGCUCCGCUGCAAGUAGUUUCCGCUCUGUCGGCUCUCAGGACAGCCAGCACGCCGCCAAUUUCGAUCAUGAUGCUUCGGCUAGCAUCUACGAUUCGCUCGAACAGGGUCACGAAUCAGCAAACAUCCAACUAGAAUUGACGGCACUGCGUAUGAGUACGAACGCCUCAGACCACCAAGUCCGUCGCGCCGUUGUCGUGGCUUUCGUUAAACACAUCACAUCGCUUGUCAAGUCUGGCACCAGCAUACGGGAGGCUGUGGCGCAGGUGUUUUCGCAGCACAAAGACUUGGUUGACCGUUCGAUUUUCGAUAAAGCCAGUUCAAGUAAAGUCGACCAAGUCGAUUUCAUGCUGCUCUUACAAACAGACCUUGCACACCGAGAUAACGGCGAUGCCAUACUGCUGAGUGCAGCAACUAAGUUAAUCGAGUUGGAUAGUAUUGAGGACGACGGCGUUCUGCAAUGGUGGGGGGAUGCGAAAUCGGUAGAGACUGAAGAGUUGAAGAAGGUGAAGGCUAAGACGCAGCAGUUGAUUGAUUACCUGAACCAAUCUUCAGAAGAGGAGAGCGACGAAGACGAUGAGGAUGAGGAUGAGGAUGAUGAAGACUCGGAGUAG